AAAUGAUAGUUACCCAGCAGCUUGGCGAUUUGAACAUCACACAAACGGGCGCAACGGCGUACUCGCAAAGGUGAGCUCUGCGGCGGCGGCAGCGUCACGGCAAGCCCAAGCUCGGACGCGCCGACUAGCAGCAUCGUGUCCACUUCCGCUUCUUUCCUGCUGAUUGCGAACGCUAAUUUGAACGCUUGGCGCCUAGCGACGACAAGAAAGGACACAGGCGCAACCUCUAGAGCCGAGGUGUGCAUGAGGGGCGACGCGGCUGGCGAGUUGCUCGCAGCGGCGGGAGGCGGCGUCGCCGACACCGGCGCGGGCGGCGCCGGCGGCAGGGCUACCGGUGGCGACCGCGCUGCCGCAAUCAACGGCGGUGGCGGCGGUGACGGCGGCAGCGGCCAUAUGAGCAGCGGUGGCCAUUCUACCCGCGGCGGCGGCGGCGGCGGCGGCGGUGGCGGUGGCGGAUUAAGCAGCCUGGACGGGAGUUGGGCGGCCGUAGACGACGGCAGUGGCAGCGGCGGCGGUGGCGCUGGCGGCGGCGGCGGCGACCAGGCGAGUGCUGGCAGCGCCUCUGUCGCGCCGUCGGCGUUGUCAGCGCCGUCGACGCUGUGGCUAGGCGAGCCGGCGAUUGCGCUGCCGGCGUCGGCGUCCGCGUCGGCGCAGCGACAGCACUCGCCUCCACCGCAGCAGCAGCAGCAGCAGCAGCAGCAGCAGCAGCAGCAGCAGCAUGGGAUGGAGGUAGAAGCAGAGGCAGAGGUUGAGCAUCAGGGGCAGGGACAGCAGGGCCGGGGUCAAGAGGCGGUGGCGGCGGAGAUGGAAGCGGAGGCGGAGGCGCGAGGCUCCCGCAGGCGCAGAAGGGUUAGCGCUGGUGACGGCGGCCGCGCCGGCGGCGGCGAUGGAGCUGUGGCAGGCGCGCCGGCGUCGGCCCAGGCGCAGCUCCUGCAGCAGCAUUACGCCGCGGAGGCCGGCGGUAGGCUGCGUGCCCAGGCGGGGGAGCCGCAACAGGCGCAGCAUGUGCCAGGCCUGUUAGAGCUGAUGACGGGGAUGGAUACGGACACGGCGGCGGCGGCGGGGGCUGUUCCCGCGGCAGGCCGCACCAGGCCCAGUGGCGGCGGCCCAGCGAUCAGUGGCACUGGCGAAACGACUGGGGGCGGCGGCGCCGGCGGCGGCGGUGGCAGCGGCGGCGGUGGCGGCGGCGGCGGCGGCGUCACGCGGCGCAUCAGUGGCGCCUCCACCAGUCGUGAGCCUGUGGUGCGGACGGAGAGUGAGAUCAUGGAGGAGGAGAUGGUGGCCAGCGGCGCCAGGCCGGGCGCGGCCGCGGCUCGGGCGGCGGCGGUGCAGGCUGCAGAGGCCGCAGAGGCGGCGGUCACGGGCGGCCGGGGGCGGGAGCGCGAGCGGGAGCGGCGGUACCCGGGCACCUCGCACAGCAGCAGCAGCCGUCGCGGCAGUGGCGGCGGCGGCGGUGGCACCGUCACCGGUACUGGCACCGGGGCCAGCAGCGGCAGUAGCGACAACCCGGCGGCCGAGCUGCUACAGCGCUUCCUGUUGGACGAGGCGCAGAUUGCGUCGCCGGUGCUACGGCCGCAGGUGGCGGCAACGGCGCCGCCACCACCACUGUCGCUGCUACAGCCAGCGGCUGCAGUAGCAGCACCCAGAGGUCAGGGUCGGGGCGCGGCUACGGCCGUUGCGCCGGCAGCGGCCGACCCAGUCCCCGGCCCGGGCUCCUCGGCCGACGCCGUCGCUGGCGGCAGCAGCGUGGGGGGUGGGGGCGGCGUCACUGAGCCGGGCGCUACGACGCAGCUACAGCCCCUGCUGGCGCAGCUACAGCCGCAGCGGCAGCCGCAGCAGCGACAGACGCACGGGUCGGACACGCCCAGGCUGCACCCCCUGCCCUCGCCACCACUGCCGCCGCCGCCGCCGCUGCCGCCGCCGCUGACUCAUGCCGCGCUACUGCCGGGCGCAGCCACCACGGCAGCUGUAGCAGCGCCACCGCCGGCCGUGCCCCUAGACAUGGAGCCGGCACUGUCGCUCGCGUCCGGCAUAUCCGCCGCCGCCCCCGCCUCGGAUGUUGUGCAUGCCGCCGCCGAGGCGGCUGCUACUGCAGCCGCUGGCGCCACUACCCCUGAUGAUGCUGCUACUGCCAGUCCUGCUGCUACUGCCUACAGUGCGCUGGUGCACCGGCCGGAUGAGGUUUUGCAGGAUCAGGACGCAGAGGCGGCGGAGGAGGCACUGGCGGCGCUGCGCCGGUCGCGCUGGCGGCAGGAGUACAGCCGCGUCAGCUUCGAGGUCUCAGGCAUCAUAACCCAGCCGCCGCCGCCGCCGCCGCCGCCGCCGCCGCCGCCGCCGCCGCAGACGCCUGCAGGGGCGCCAAUGCUGGACCACUAUAGCGGCGGCGGCGGCAGCAACAGGCGCGUCGGCGGCGGCGGAGGCAUGCCUGCAGUCUCGGAGAGCCCGGUAGAGGGCGAUGAGGCCGGCCGCGGCGCUAGUGGGGCUGGGGCUGGGGCUGGGGCUGGGGCUGGGGCUGGGGCUGGCGGCGGCGGCGGCGGCGGUGGCAUCGCCGCGGGGCGCUUCGGCAGCGCUGGCAGCACGUGGACUGGCGGCAGCGGCGGCGACACGGAUGCACUGGCGCCGGCGGGUGUGCACGAGGCCUCGGAGGCGGCGUUGGACGACCGAGAUAACGAAUUUGAGUUCGCGGUGCCGCCGUUGCAGGCCACUCCCACCAUGCGGCGAGUCCCGCCGUCAGUAUCCGCGCCGUCGGCGCUUCCGGCGCUUGCGACGGCGGCGGCGCUGGGCGGCGGCCGCAGCGCCGCCGCCGGCGGCGGCAGGGCUGGCAAGGGCAGCGGCGGUCCUGGCGGCGUCAGGGGUGCCGCUGCGGGUGCGGCAGCAGCGCCGCUGCACCGUCGCGGUGGCGGCGGCGGCGGUGGGCGGAUGGUGCCGCACUGGUACUUCUUAGACGCUGGCGGCGGUGCGGCUACUGGUACGGAUGUGGAGGACCCGGCGGCGGCGGCGGCGGCGCGGCAUGCGGCCCUGUGGCGCGAUGCUGACCUGCACGGCGGCACACCCACCACAGUGGACAGCGGCGACGAAGCGGCCAGGUCGAUAUGCACCGAGAAUGAGGAGAUCCUGCCCGGCCAAGACGCGGCCUCCUUCGCGCACCACAGCGCUCUCCAGCUGGCGGCGGCGCGGGCGGCGGCUGGUGCAGAUGACGGCGGCGGCGGCGUGCCGAUGCAUGCGCUACAUCCCCACAGCAGGGGUCACGGCGGUGGCGGCCUCGCUUCCGCUGCCUAUGGGCUUAGUGGUCGAGGUGUGGGUGGCGUGCGCGGCGUCAGCCGGAAUGAAAGGGAGGAGGAAUGGAGCUUCGGAGUGGCCCGGGCUGGGGCGGGAGCAGGGGCGGCGCAAGGGGGACCGGCGCGAGGCGGGCCGCAGCAGCACCAGCCGCCGCCUCAGGCGGCGCUGCCGCAGGCUCAGCAGGUUGUGCACCCAUACGCGCAGUAUGCUCAACCGCAGCCGACACCGCAGCCGACGACGACGCAGCAGCAGCAGCAGGUGCCCCAACAGCCCCAACAACAGGGACACCACCACCAACACCACCACCACAACCUGCCGCACCUGCCGCCCCCCGGGGCUCGUGCCGGGGGCAGCGCCAGCUUAUCCCGGCAGCAGCACGGCCGGCCCCUGAACCACCCGCCUGCUGCUACAACCGGCGGCGGCGCCCGACCCACAUCGCCAGCACUGGCGGCAGUAGCACCACCACCGCCACCAGCACCGCUGGCUGUGGCAGCUGUAGCCCCGGGGGCUCAUCAUGGGGAGCGCACGUAUCGCGGUGCCACGCACCCAGCGAUGGGUCCAGAGAUCAGCGCGCGGACUGGAACCCCGGAUAGCGGCGUCCGUAACAGCAGCGGCAGCGGCGGCAGUGGCGGCACAGCUGGCACCGGCGCCCAGGGCCGGCAUGCUACAGCCGUCUGCCGACACCCACCAGCACAGCAGCUCCCGCUGCAGCCGCAACAGCCGGCUGUAGCAGAGCAGCCGGCCGCGCGUCGGGCAGUGGGCGGCGUGCCACUGAGGCCGACGGCGCUGCCAUCACCGCCGCCUCAGCCCCAGCCGCCGCACCACCCGCCACGUCACCGUGUCAGCUUCGGCGCCUACGGCGGCCGAGCCGGCCCGCGCCCGCCAUCGCCAUCGGCAUCGCUGCCGCCAGGCCGGGACGCUGGCGGCGGUGGUGGCGGCGGCGGCGGCCGCGCCGGCAGCCGCGUCAGCUGGAGCGGCGCCAUCGGCUCGGCAGGCCUGAGCGGCCAAGACAACGAUAGCGGCAGUAGCACCCAACAGCUGGCGCCACCGGCGGCGCCAGUGGCGCCGCAGCCGCCGCGCCGACGCACUGGCGGCAUCUUGCGCACGGGUUCCGUCGCCUCCGCCACUUCGUACCUGUCACACGGCAGUGCCAUCCCGCCGCUAGACGACACGAACCCGCCGCACCCGCAUCCGCACCCGCCAUCGCCCUACCUCCCCGCGCAACAGCAACCGCACCAGCCGCCGUACACUCGCAAAACCGUCUCAUUCUUUGAUGAUGAGCAGUACGAGCCGCCGCAGCAGAUCUGGGGGCGCCGGCAGUACGGUGGCGGCGGCAGUGGCGGGCGCCGCCGCAGCAGCAGUACGUAUGACGAUAGCGGUGCCAGUGACUACGGCAGCGAUAGCGCCGCCAGUGAGGCUGCUGGCGACGCCGGCGGCCGCGGGUUUCGAGAUCGCGACCGAGAUGGAGAUCGCGACUCUGGUCCCGAUGUCGGGCUGUUGUACGACGUGGCUUUCGGCGGCGGGACUGGAACUGCUGGCGGCGGCGGCGGCGCCCUGCCGUACGAUGUUGGAUCGGAGCGGGGCUCGACGUCUGAGGUUACGGACGUGACGGAGCUAACCACCUCAACCACUGCCGGCGCGCGAUACAGCCGCCUGCGCUCUUACCUGGCCUCCGCCUCCGCGGCUGCUACUGCCGGCGGAGGCUCCGGCGAGGCUGGUGCUACAGCCGCGCCGCCGGCGCCGCCCAGGGUUGGCGGCGGCAGCUGGGAUGACCCCGGCAGUAGCAGCUACCGGUCGGAGGCGACGCUGACGUGGGGCUCGCCGCCGCGGCAUCCGAAUCUGCCUGCUACUGCUACUGCCGCGGCUGCGCCGGUGCCCGCACAGGGUGUGCCACGGCAGCGGCAGAAGCAGGCUGGGCAGGCGCCGCGGCAGGCGCCGGUGCCGGUGCCGGCGUCACCGUCAGCGGCGGCGGCGUCAGCUGGAUUCCACCCCAUCCUGGGCAACAUAAAGCUACAGCUGCAGCCGCAGCCGCAGCCGGAGCUUGCUCCCACGCUCUAUGCGGGACCUGUCGUGCCUGCGGCGGUGCCGGCUACUGCUGCUACUGCUGGACCCCCCCUGCCGCCCACUGGCAGUAGCAGCGGCGUCGGCGGCCAGGCACGGGACUGGACGUUCACUCGCACCACGCAGUUCGGGAGGGCCAGCUUCGAUGUGCCGAUGGCUGCAGCAGUGCCGGGUGGCAGCGGCGGUCGGCUGUGCGCGCUCGCUCCCUACGGUGCUACUGCGGCUGCAUCGCAGCCCGGAAGCGGCGCUGCCGGCCAGCCGAGCGCCGCCUUUGGCAGCACCUACACUGCCGGCGGCGCCGCCUCGAUCGGCGGAACCGGCUCGCAGGCUAGUCCCCUCGCCUCAGUCACCAGCCACCAGCAGCAGCAGCAGCAGCAGCAGCAGCAGCAGCAGCAGCAGCAGCAGCAGCAGCAGGGUGCUACUGCAGUGCAACUGCUACCGCCGUACAACAGUUGGCCCGUCACGGCAGUAGCAGCGCGGCCGGCGGCGGCGGCGCCGCCGGCUGCAGCAGCAGCAAACCCACUCUCCUCACCGACACCGGCACCGGCUGUCGCAGGGGACCCCAACCCAAUGACAACCACGGCAGUUGCACCCAUGUCUCCAGGCGGCGGCGCGCCGGCUGCUACAGCCGCCGCCGGCUAUGGCGCAUUUCAGCAACCGGCGGACUUGCUGUGGUCGCCAUUUGCCACGCCGUCAGAAGGUCGCUCUGCGCCGCCGCCGCCAGCGGGGAUGCCGCCGGCUGCGGCGGCGCCGCCGCCACCCGAUGCGACCGGUCCGCCUGUGCACCCUAUCCUGUCAGCUGGAGCUCUGGCAGCGGCGGCAGGCGGCAAUGGUGGCGGCGGCGGCGCCAGUGUCAGCGGCGCCAGCGGUCCCGGCGGCGUGGCGGCAAGCGGCGCUGCUGGCGGUGUCCCGCCGGCGCCCCAGGUGGGACGGCGGCUGCCGACGGCGUUGCCGCCGCCGCCGCCGCCUGCGCAAUGGCCGCCGCCGCCUGACCAGGCGCAAGAGGCGGAGGAAGAGGGAGGGACGGGGUACAUGGGAGGAAUGCGCGUACUCCGCUGGCGGCGCAGCGGCGGCGGUGGUGGCAGGCGGCUGUCGCCUCAGCCGGAGGGCCAAGAGGAGGAAGAGGACGCGGGGCAGCGGUGGCAGCGGCAUGCGGUGGAUGAGGAGGCGGAGCUGGAGGCGGAGAGGCAGGCGGUGAUGGCAGCCAUGUUUCAUCAGGACCAGGCGGGGCGGACGGCGCCAGCAGCAGCUGUGGAAUCCUAUGCCGCACAACAGCCCGUAAGGACAGGUUCCAGGCCUGGUCCGGUGGCGGCGGCCGAGCCUACGGCAGCAAGGCAGGUGGCUGUGACGGCCGACGCGCCUGUGCUGGGCAUUCCCGUGCAGCAACAGCCCGUUCAGCUGCAAGCCAUGCAGCUGCGGGAGCAGCAGCAGCAGCAGCGGCAGCAGCAGCAGGAGCCGGCCGUGGGUGUACCGGUGCUGGAUGCCGCUUCCAGCCUGGUAUUCGUGCGGUCGCCCGGGCUGCUACAGCCGCUGCAAGAGCAGCUGCUACAGCCGUCGCAGCAGCAGCAACUACUGCCGCCGCAGCCUCAGCCGCCAUCUGCGCCACCGCCGCCGCAGCCGCAGGUGGCGGCGCGACAUCCGGCCUUGGUGCCUCCGCCGGCGCCGCCGCCAGCAGCAGCUCAGUCCGCCGCGCCGCAGCCGCCGCUGGCGCCGCCGCCAGCCUUUGUGGCUGUGCCCGGCAACCAACCAAUUAGUGCUGCACUGCCAGCGGCUGCUGAGCCGGCGCCGGUCCUGCAACCGGCCGCAGCAACAGCGGCGCCCCUUGACGCUGCCGCCAGCAGUCACCAGCGGCACCUAUCUCAGGGCAGCUCGCGGGACCUAGAGCUGGGCUUGGGUACAGUGUCCCAUGCCGCUGGGCGCCGCCGGCGGGCCGACGCAGCCGACGCGAGCUCAGCUGCGAGCAAUGGCGUCGGCGAGGCCGGGGAUGCAUUAGAGGAUGAGGCAAGCGAGCUGCGCGACGGAGACGGGCGGUGGCGGCAGGCGGCAGCGGCGACGGCGACGGUGUCCCGAGCCACAUCCGCCACACCGCCGCCAGGGUGUGCUGGGCGCGAGGCGCGAGGCGAGGACGAGGAGGGCGAUGCCGCUACAGCCACCGCUGCUGCUGCUACUGCCACUGGGGUGGCGCCGCCGCCGCUGCCCGCACCGCGGGUGGUGCUGGCGGCUGCGGCGCUGCCGUCGGUGGCAGCAGGCGCCUUGCCGGCGCCUGGCGGCGGCGGCGGCGCCGCCGUCGCUGCGCCCCUGCUACUGCCGCCGGCGCCGCCAGCAGCGGCGGCCCUGCUACAGCCACUUCUCGAGGUCGAUCGCGAUGUGGCGCUGACGGCGCCAAUGUACUUGCUACAACUGGGCCCGUCGGGUGCGGCUGUAGCUGCAGGCGUCGCACCGCCGGCGGCGGGCGUGACGGCGGCUGCGGCGGGGCUGCCGGGUUUUGGCGGCGGGGUUGCUACAGUCGGCGGAGUUGGCAGCGGUGGCGCCGUGACGGAUGGAAGCGGCAGCGCUACUGGAAGCGGCGGUUUGGGGUCGGGUGUGGACCUGGAUGUGCGUCCCAGCGUCACCCUCCGCAGGCUGUCCAUAUCACAGGCCCGCCCGCACCUGUCCACAUCAGCAUCAGUACCGCCGCCGCCGCCGCCAUCACAGCUGUACGGCGAGUCUCACAGCGAGCCAUUGCCCAGCACCGCACGUUACGCCGCGCUGGCCGGCGCCGCCACUGGCGCGGCGGCGCCGCCGCCGCCGCCGCUGCCUGCGGGUGCGGCUGCCGUUACAUCCGGUGGGAGCGAGGAUCCGCCGCCAGCCCCGACGAGCCCGCGCGCAGCGGCGUUGCCGCCACAUCCGCCGCCGUCGCCGCCGCAGCCGUCCCCACAAGGGAUGAACCUUGCUCCCGGGUCCUCCCCGCAGUUGCCAGCGGCAUCGCACUCAUCCAUCAGUGCAAUAGGCAAGACGGUAGACAGCGCGGCCAAGGCGCCCAAGGCGCUGGCUGGUGAUGAAGAGCUGGUGGCGGCCGAAGCCAAGGCAGCGGCGGCGGCGCCGGCGGCGGAGCAGCAGGAGGAUAGCUCGGAGCCGGCCACGCCGCGGUACGGUGUGCUCGCCGGCGGUAGCGGCCUCAACUCGCCCUUCAUCGACACGCCCUCCACCUCGCUGGCCGACGCUGGGGACGGCCACAUUGCCAGUCCGGAAUGGGCGGGCGUGGGCCGCACCUCGCUAUCGCUCGGAACGCAGACCAGCAUGCCCGCAGCCCUGCCGCUGCCGCUACUGCCGCUGCUACCCCUGCCCGGCCCCAUCCUCGCUGCCCACAGCGUCCCGCCCCUCCCAGCUGCCACCCCGGCUGCGGACACCGCUGCUACAGCCACACCCAUCCAGCCGGCGGCCGGCGGCACUGGCAGUAGCAGCAACAUCCAGGCCGCGGCUCCAGAUACAGCCACAAUCGCGCCUGCACCUGCUACAGCUCCGCCGCCGCCACCGCCCCAGCGCCUUGCGGCUGCAGCAGCAGCUGGCGGCGGUGCCCCUUCCGCCGCCGCUGCCGGCGGCAGUAGCACGCCUCUGCGACUGGUGCUACUGCCGAGUGGCGCCUCCACUUCCUCGGGUCCCGGCUCCUCACUGGUGGCUUAUCGGGGCUCGGAGAGCGGCUGUAGCGAUUCCGUGUCACCGCCGCCGCCACGGCCGGCGGCGGUGCCGGUGGCACACUUCUUUCGACACACGUCAUCGUCAGGCGCCUCCACUGGUGGCGAUGCUGGCGCUACAGCGGGUGCAGGUGCGGGUGCUACUGCCGUCUCGCCACACCUUGCUGCGCAGCAGCUGCAGCCGCCACAGCUGCUGCCGCCACAGCUGCAGCCUCAGCCGCCAGGUCUGGAGAUGCGCCCGCUGGUGCCGCCGCCGCCGCCACGGCCCCACGGUCCAAGCGGUCCCGGGAUCGCCGCCACCGACACCGUCAGCAGCUCCCCCAUCACCAGCCCUCCCGGCGCACAACCCGUGCACACCCACCCAUCUCCUCCUCACACGGCCGCCAGCACCACUACCUCCUGCUCGCGUCACGCCGCCGCUGCUGCUGCCAACUCUGCCCUUGCACAGCAGCAGGAGCGUCAGGAGCAGCAGCAGCGCAGCCGCACCGGCGCGGCGCCGCCGCCUCCUCUCCCAGCCGCGGCCCCGCAACCGCCCCCACCUGCAUCCGCGUUUGCCGGCUUCGCAGCCUCACCACUCCCCCCAGAUUCUGCCGCUGUCCGGACCACCGCCAGCACCACGGCAGCUGCAGGGCCACCCCCAGGGUUGCCGCUGCAGCCGCUGCCUCCGCCGUCGCCGGUGCCACGGGCGGAGGCUGCCGAGCCCUGGCGCGCCUCGUCUCCCGCCAGCAGCGGCCAGCGCAGCCUCAGUCUAGGCCUGUCGGCGCCGCUGGCCUCCUCCGGCUCGCUACCAGUGCCCACCGCCGCCGCCACCGCCGCCGCCUCACCUGCCGCUCCUCCCUCCCGGUCCGCCAGCAACGUCAGCGACGCCAGGCGCGGCGCCGCCGACCUGACUGGUGGCGGCGGCGGCAGGGCGGGCAGCGGUGGCGGCGGCGGCGGUUUGGAUGGGGGCGGCGGCGGAUUUCACGACCUGUACGACGAACGGUUGGUGCGCAUGCACCGCUCUGCCUCCGCCGGCCUGGGGUCCAGUCCUGCCGGUGCUGCGGGCGCAGGCGGCGGCAUUGCCGCCAGCCGCAGCCGUCAGGGCUCGGCAAGUCGGCUUGCGCCGGCGGCACCUGUGGCGGCGGCGGCGGCGCCUGGGACUCUGCUGACUGCAGCGGCGGCGCGAGCCACGAGCGGCGGCGCCGCCGGGAGGGCGGCAGGAGGCGGCCGGAAGGCGGGCGGAGCACAACAGGCUGUGGGGGCAGCCGCUAGCGGCGGCCGACAGGAGUCGUCAGCGUUCAGUGCCGGGGGCCUGCUGACGCCGCUGCCGGCGGCAGCUGCCAGCCAGUUCGCCAGCCUGCUGCGUGGCGGCAGCGCGGCAGCCGGCAGCGCCGCCCACCACGGCCCGCGUAGCGACGCCGCGUCCGCGUCUUCGGAAGCCGCUGCGCCGGCGCCGGCACCGGCGGGACCGGUUCCGGAGGGGGGCGCGAGUGCGCCGCCGUCGCCGCCACCAGCAGGUGCAAGGUCGGGGCCAGGAUCAGGCCCUGGAUCAUCAUCAGGGCCGGGGUCAGGAGGGUCGGGCCGGUCCCGUGAUCGGCAUCCCUGGCAGCUGCUGCGGGCCGCGGCCAACGCCGUCGCGGCGGUUGCUGGGAGCUGCAGCGGCAGCAGCGUGACAGGGAGCAGGGCCGGCAUCAGCAGCGGCGGUGGCCGUGGCGGUGGCAAGGGCAGGGAAAGCGCCGGUGCGGCUGGCAGCGGCAUGGGCAGCGGUGGGGCAAGUAGCGGCCCAAGCAGCGUCAGGACCAGUGGUAGUAGCACUACCACCGCCACCACGGGCGCCAGUGGGGACGCGGGUGGCCGCAGCAGCGGCGGCACCGCCGCCGCCGGGAGUAGCGGGCAAGCGCCCAGCAGUAGCAGCAGCAGUAGCCGAGGAGGUGCGCUGCCGCUGCAGCCUGCGACGGCGGUCCGAGACGAGCCAGCAGCAGCACCACCAGCAGCAGCGCCCCCUGUGGCGGUGACGCCGGCGCCGCAUUCAGCAGCACCCACACAAGGGACACAGCACGCAGCACGUCUUUUUCACGCUGUCACUGCUGGUGGUUUGGUAGCUGGAAUUAGAUCCAUAUCGCGAAUCCGAUGGCAGUCACAGCCGCAAGUGCAGCCGCAACCGCGCGCCGCUACGCCUGCAGACCGCAGCAGUGGCACCACAUCCGGUCAAGCGAGCAGAGGCGUUCCUGGCAUAUGGGGCCGUGCGGGACGGGCGCUGCUGCUGAUCCUGAUGGCGCUGCUGCUCCCCUCCCUGAGCCUCUGGAUGCAGCAGACGGCGCAGCCGCUGCCACUGUCGCUGUCACCGCCGCCGCCGCCGCCGCCAUCGCUGUUUGGUUUAGGAACGAACCUCCCUGUGUUCCCGGGCGCUGGCGGCGGCAGCGCAGCGGCAGGCUUGUCACACGCAGACCUUGACCAGCUGAUGAUGCUGACCGCGCCAGGCAGCAUGCUGGCGGAGGUGGAGGCACCUUCACGACUCCAGCAGCAGCAGCAGCAGCAGCCGCUGGCAGCGGCUUGGGGGCAAUGGCCAGCCGCCGCCGCCGGCGGGCUGGACGGCGGCGGCGUGGCGGCGUACGGCGCAUUGGUGUGGCGGCUGCGGCAACACGCCGCCGGCGCCGCCGCCUGGUUCUGCGCUAGCGCUGCUGCCAAUGUGCCUGCCGGCGGAGCUCCUGUGAGCCCGGCGGCCGCAUCGGCAGGAGCAGGGGCUGGCGGCUAUCGCGGCGGGGUGCUGGCGGCCGCGGCGGCGGCGCAGCUGGCGGCGGCUGACCUGGCGGAAGCCAUGGAUGCGUACGGCGAUGCCCUCGACGGUGGCGAGGCCGGCGGCGGCGGCGGCGGCGGUGCUAGGGCUGCGCCGCUGAAUGAGCUGUUGCGCAAGGUGCUGCUGCGGCCGCUGCCUCACGACGAGUACCGUCAAGAGCUGCUGCUGCAGGCGGAGGCGGCGCGGCGGCAGCUGGCGGCGGCGGCGGCGCCGGGGCUGGCGGCGGCGGCGGAGCGGCUGGCGGCGGCGGCGCUUGAGGACGCGGCGGCGGAGGGCGGCCUGGCGGCACACAUGCGGGCCCUGGCGGGCGAUGUGUGGCACGUGUUUGUCGCUGCGGCUUCGCCGGCGGCACUGAAGCCUCGCGCCGAAGAUGGCGGCGCGGAGUAUGCAGAGGCACAGGCGGCGGCAGCGGCGGCGGCAGUGCAGCACCUGCAGCAGCAGCACCUGCAGCGACUGGCCAGUCACCUCCGCCACGCCGCUGGCGCGGCGGAGGCAGGGCUGGCGCCGGCGGCUGCCGUGCUGGCGCGGGCCGCUGACGCCGCCGCUGGUCUGCUGCUUCGGCACCAGACCGCGCUGCGCCUCGCGCUGGAGGCCGCUUCUGCCACGUUUUGGACCUCGCCUCCUGCGGAUUAUGACACCGGCACUGGAGUUGUGGCCACCGACACCUUUGCAGGUGGCGGUGCUGUGGGGAGCAGCAGCGGUGGUGGCAGUGGCAGUAGUGGUGCGCUGCAGGUGUUCCCGGCGGCUUGGUCUGAACACCUGACACGGCUGCAGCGGCUGCAGACCGCCCUCCGGGCUGUGGCGGCGGAAUGCGGCGGCGGCGGCGGCGGCGGUGACGCCGGUGGCGGAGUGGAGGGCCGCGUGGAGGGCCUGGCGGCGGCGGCUGAGAGCCUCCGCGAGCUGCUGCUGGCAGUUGGCGCCGCCGGCACAGCGGACGGCGGCGGCGCCAGGGGCAGCAGCCGCGGAGGUGGCGGAGGAGGUGUUGGCGGGCUGUGCAUUGCUGCCGAGCUGCACGGGCAGGCUGCUGCAGGCGAGGAGCAUGAGGCGGUGGCGCCGGCGCCGGCGCGCGCCUCUGCGUCCCCCGGUGGCCGCACGGCUUGGCGUGUGGUGUGGCGCCUCCAUGCCGCGCCCCGUUGCGGCGACGGCGACGCCGAUUGCGUUGCUCGUAGCGCUGCAGGCUUGGGCGGCAGCCGUAGCGGUGAUGGCGGCAUGGGCUAUGUGGACGACCUGUUGGACGACGCGGCGGCCGCGCGGCGGCUGGCUGCUGCCAACAGACAGGCGCAGCAGGUGGCAGCGCUGGAGCGGGCGGCGGCGCCGGGGUGGGUCUGGGCUGUGGCAGAGCCCGGCAGCCCGCCGCGUGAGCCGUCAGCAGCAGCAGCAGCAGCAGCAGCGCACGGGGAAGAGGCUGGUGUGGGCUCGGGUCCGUCGGAAGGAGCGGGCGGUAAGGUUGGUUCCGGCGGCGGAGGCACGGGGGGGCCGGAGGGGGCGGUUCAGCGGGUGGUGGUGUCGCUGCCGCUUGCGGUGCAGGCUCGUCUGUGGCGCCAGGCGUGGGAGGACGUGGCGGGGGUGUUGGACACGUGUGCAGAGUUGUGUGCCGCGUCAGCAGCCAGCGGCGCGUACGGCAGGCGGUAACGACACGUCUGGAGCGCGGCCGUGGCAGCAAGGCGGUGCUGUGGGGACGACUGAGCGGCGCUGCGGUUGAUGUGCGCCGUGGGCCGGGGAGCAGGCGGCAAGCACGGCACCGGCACUCCAGCAGCACCGGGGGCUCCGACGUCAGGGGUGGCGCCGGCGGCGGCAAGACAGUAGUUUUGGCCGUGACUGGCUUGCGCAGUGCACUGCACUAUUGGUGCUGCCGAGCACGUUGUGGUGGUUGUGCUGGUUGACGGCUUGGGGCGGGGCGGGACCCGAGCGCAUAAGUGCUGUGGACGUUGGUGGGGUACCGUUGCAGCGAGGAGGGGAUUGCUGGUAGGAGACGCGGUCGGCUGGAUAUGCGAUCUAGUUGUGGGCGCCAAGGGCACGUGACACCAGGUGGGCGUGUGUGGUCUCUCGCGCCAGUGGGGUUCCCUUGGAUGCCGGGGCACGAACGUCACCGAUCACCAUGGUGGGCUGUGGCUGCACGGCACAGAAUGACGGGGUUUGCUGUUUGCGGCAUUGCGGCAUUCGCGGUAGUUUGUUGGCCAUAAUGGAGGACGGCGCACGGGGCUGCACGGUGUGUGUGUCUAUGUGUGUGUUAGUUGCCGAGGUAGGACAGCUGACUGCCGACUCCCGAGAUGGGGAAGCUGCCCAGCCUGCUGUGCGCAAUAAAGGCUGUGGGCAGCGGUGAUCAGCUGCAGCUGCUGGCGUGAAGCGGCGCAGGGAACAUCAUAUGGUUUUAUAUCGUUUUAUGCGGCCAGGCGCUCCUGUGCGGGCAGGGGGGCACAGUCCCUGGCAGCCGCAAGCCGGCCUUCAGGGGUUGUCGGGGGUGUGGGGCCGUGAGCGAAGGCGCAGCUACCGCUGGGCGUUGCUGCCGCGCUGCUGCCGUUGCAUUGGAGUCAGGCGCUGGCGCCCGCGGUGGACUAGACGACUGCAGUUGAUUUCCAAAUACUUGGCCUUUACAAUGGGCAUGAUGGGCCAUAAAAGCAUGAAGCUCGGGGGCGUGUGGGUUGGGAGACGCCUCGACGCCGGAGUACGCAGUAAGGUGGAAGUGACUACGAUGCUAAAACAUUCCGAAUUUGUUGUGCGGUUGGCAAUGCGUCAAAGGCAAAGACAACGGUUGCUCGUUCAGUGGAAGCACACGGGGCCGCCGCACACAUGGGGCCGCCGGGCAAACAGUGGAGCAACAAAGAUGCACCCCUUGCCAGAAGUGUUCCUGGAAUCCUGUGGCAGUAACAACACGGGCAGUACAGCGGCCCAGCAACCACAGCGACCGUGCAAGCGGUUCCCCGAGUAGGGGUCGGCGUGCAGAGUGAUGCGACGAACACGCAAGCAGAGCGCGGCUGCGGAUAGUGGCUCCCGCGGCACUAACUGGUGAUAGAUGCACAGUGCACUGGGGCAGUGGCGCACGCGUCCGACCGCCUCCUCGCUGCCAGGCAGGCACGCAACCCACAGAUCGCCG